AUGCGGUCGGCCCAGCCCAACGAAACGCAUGAUAUCCUUGCGCAAUGGCUUCAUCAGGGCCGAAUUCACCAACUCAUCACGCAGAACGUAGAUCGGUUGCACCAUGUGGCGUACCAGCAUGUGACCAAGGACUACCCGCCAAUCCUCGAAUUGCAUGGUAUGUUUGGCAUGACUGACUGGAAAGGCGCCUUAGGUGAAGUGCGGUGUGUGAGUCACGGCACUCAUGGCGUGCCAAACAGCAAUCGGCUCUGGUGGGACCAAGAAACCACGGACUCCUUCGGGCCUGUGGACCGCUAUUAUCCUACCCCCAUGGCACCUCUGGAUGAUCCACAUGGAUGUGGGUUUAUCAUGUCGCGUGACGUCUUCCAGGACCGUCUAGCCGAGAUCAACCCUGACUGGGCCGCGUGGGCGGAGAAGUUCAAAACGGAUAUCAACAUGACGCUGCAACGCAAUCCUGAUGGUGACGUCCAAUUGGAGGGCGUCUCGUACGAGACAUUCCAAUACCCUGCCUGUCCCAACUGCGGCGGCACGCUCAAACCUGAUGUGGUGCUAUUUGGCGAGAAUGUCCGCAAGUCUAUACGGCAACGUUCCGAAGAACUGCUCAAGGAAUGUGAUGCUCUUUUAUUAAUAGGCACUACGCUCGCUACGCAUUCUGCCUACCGCCUAGCUCGAGAAGCUAGUGAUACAGGUAAGCCUAUUGUCCUAAUCAAUCGCGGCCCCACACGUGCCGAUUCUAUUGUAGAUACACGGAUCGGUCUUGGCUGCAGCGAGGUUCUCACAGAGGUAGCAAAGCAUGUAUAA